AUGGACGUCGACGUGCCUCAGCCAGGCCAAUGGCCAGUUGAUCCUCAGGAGGACCAGGAAAUCCAGAAACAUCGCAUUUGGGUUGAUGGUUGCUUCGACUUCACUCACCACGGUCAUGCUGGCGCACUGAGACAGGCCCGUCUACUAGGCACAGAGCUCUACAUUGGACUACACUCCGACGAAGAAAUCUUGAAGAACAAAGGGCCAACGGUUAUGACUUUGGAUGAGCGGAUCGCUGCCUGCGACGCUUGUCGAUGGACCACCAAAGUCAUUCCCCGUGCUCCUUACGUGACAGCCUUGCCUUGGAUUUCCCAUUAUGGGUGCUGGUAUGUCGCCCAUGGCGAUGACAUCACCUCGGAUGCCGGCGGCGAAGACUGUUACCGUUUCGUCAAGGCGGCUGGCCGCUUCCUCGUCUUCAAGAGGACUCCCGGCAUAUCUACCACCGACUUAGUCGGCAGAAUGCUUUUGUGUACCAAGACACAUUUCAUCAGGUCCCUAACGGACGAACUGCAGGGUAAGAUCGACGGCGUGGUUGAUCCAACAAAAGCCGCCACUGGCGCCGAGAUGUUUGAGAGAAUCAAAGACUAUGCCACAGACGAGACAGCCUCCCAACCGGGCGCUGAAGUAUGGACUUGGGCCAGCACUCAAUUGAACAAGCUAGAAGACGCCGAUGCUGGGAUGUUUGCGAAACUUGUACCUGGGAAGGCACCAAACCCCGGUCAACGUGUAGUGUAUGUGGACGGCGGCUUCGAUCUCUUCUCCUCGGGCCAGAUUGAGUUCCUCAAACGGGUCAAUGAAGCCGAGAACUAUGAGGCUUACGUGGUCGCCGGUGUUCACAACGACGAUGUGAUAAACCAUUGGAAAGGCCUCAACUAUCCCAUCAUGAACAUCUUCGAGCGCGGGCUCUGUGUACUGCAAUGCCGCUAUAUCCACGCUGUGGUUUUUGGAGCUCCAUUCUCCCCCUCCAGAGCAUAUCUGGGAGCGAUACCGGUGGGGAAGAUUGCUGCGGUGUAUCACGGACCGACCACGUUCAUGCCCUCGUCAUUCGACCCAUACGUUGACGCGAAGGAAAUGGGAAUAUUCCGUCAAAUUGAAAAUCACCCUUACUCUCAUGUAAAUGCUGGCGAGAUCGUGGGGCGCAUCCUGAAGGGCAGGCAGGCAUUUGAGGAGCGCCAGAGGAGGAAGGGCGAAAAAGCUGUCGGAGAAGAAGCUGUCCGGCAACGAGAGAUUCUCGAACAACAACAAGCAGCUACCGAGGCGGAAAGGCGAGCUGCCAUGGAAUGA